AUGGGUUCGCUUAGACUCAACACGUGCCAAUACAAUGGUGAAUUCUACUACGUGUUGCCGGACUAUGCCUCUGGAGAGACGAUCGGAAAGGUUCUCAACAGAACUCAUACUACAGAGAGCAAGAACAAAUACGCCAUAUGGAAAAGAGUCCGGGACAAAAAGGAUCAUUUAGACGAGAUAUAUGACCGCCAGAACCAUUUUGAUAAUGUUCCUGCGUUUCGGCAGUACCCCGCUGAGAGCGUCAGCGACAUGGUAGGGCGUCUGUCCCGUCGUCAGACUGUCGCUAGUUUGGCGAGGAGCGCCGCCGCCGUACCGGUGGCCCCACGCUCAGCCUCGCCUUCCUGUCGCUUCAUCAAGGCUUCAUACACGACGAAGGAGAUCCAAGGCAUCUCUGACAGGCUGUAUAGACUGCCUACAUUCUCGACUUGGGUCAGGUCUGUUGAUCUUUCGCGGGACCCUAGAGAUUAUUACGAGGACGACUCCGAAUUCGAUGAGAGCACAGAAGAUACAAUUUCUCAUGACGAAACUGACAAUGAAAAGGGAGUAAAAGAAAAGAAUGUUGCAAGGACCGACAAUCAAAAUAAACCUCAGUCACAUAAGGUACCCAAAGUGUCACAGGCGAAACCUAAAGUGUCACAAUCCGGGACGAAACAAUCUACGGUGGAAGCGACAAAGCCCAUUCCUCGUUCGGUACAGUUUGAAUUGAAGAAGACGAACGGAAAUAAUGGUUCUAAAGCAGCACUCGAGACUGUUUCUAGAUCUGUUUCGGCUUCAUCCAGCUCAAGUAAAAGUCAAUCAGACGUGACAUCAUUGGAGUCUUCGACGUCAUCAUCAGCUUCCAGUUUUGACGGGCAGAGAAGUGCGGCGGAAGAUAAGCAACCGUCUGCCCACGGGGUCGAUACCACCCGAUCUGAAAUUGACAAUGAACGAGACACUCCCGUUGUAGAAGACUAUGACGAUGAUGAUUUCGAAGAUGAUGAAAAAAGCAUUGUCGAAUCUAAGAGUUCCAAUUCGUCCAGUGAAAUAUCACACACCGCGAACAAGGCGACCAACUCGGAAAACAGACGAAUGUCCGAUAGAACGUCUUCAUCUUCAUCAAAUAAUUCGCCCGCAAAUGAAGACUUUGAUGACAGACGAGUUAAUCCAUCCAGGGAAAGUUCCGCGUCCUCUUCAAGAAGACAGACCCAGGAUGAAGCAGAUGUCACGAAUAUGCAAAACAAUUUCAGUGGAUCAUCGAGGUCAUUCAAGUCGGGGGACAAACCCAGACAGAAACUGGCAACACCUGUUUCAUCAUCGAGCUUGAACUCCGCGUCAUCCGCAAGGGGACCAGCAGAGGGAACAAACACAUCCAAACUAGUCACACCCGCCUCGUCGAGAGCUUCUUCUGCAACUUCCGUAAGGGGACCAGCAGACGUCGAGAAGACUCCAUCCAGAAUGACCAAGCCCGACUCCUCCAGAGCGUCAUCUACAGCUUCGAAAAUAGGAAAUCGGAAGGAUUCCUCGUCGAGUGUGGGUGAGCCUGUUUCGUCCAGCGCAACCUCUGUAGAUUCCAUAAGGGGACAAGCAGGCGUCGAGAAGACCACAUCCAGACGUACACCGGAUUCAUCUAGACCAUGCUCUGCCGCAUCGGAAAGGGCCACAGCUAAUGGAGAAAAGAUCACACAGAGAGUGAUAACACCAGGCUCGUCAAGAGUGAACUCAGCAACGUCUAGAGCUAGCUCUGCGGCUUCGCAAAAGGUUCCAGUUAACAGAGAGAAGACAACAUCAGCCACUUCCAGAGCGACAUCUGCUGCUUCUGAAAGGGUAUUGGCAGACGGCACCGAGAUCAAGGACAACAACCGUAAACAAUCAAUUCACAAAACGUCCCGAUGUUCAUCUGCUUCAUCUUUAGCGAGCAGGAGUACCGAGACUUCAAGGAACCAACGGGACACGAUUUCUCAGAGAAAUGGAUUGCACACAACCCAGGGACAGAGUGAGGGAAAGAGAUCCAAAGAGUCCGUGUCAAGUAGGGUGUCCUUGCGUUCUGAAAACAAUGUCAAAUUGAGAGAAGGUUCAACAACAACGGGGUCCAGGUCAUCUAGUUUUCAAACGUUCGGAACCUAA